CCUGGUUUCAUGAUGCUGAGCUGCACUGAGUGGCUCCAUGUGUGCGACAUUGAUAACGCACUGACCAUUGCAGUUUUCCUUCCAAGAGGUGACCAAUGACCCCAGAAUAUCCAACCAUAAUGUACAUAAUAUUGUUUGUUCCUUCCGGCAUGUCUCGGUCCCUUCACCUGAAGUCCUUUCUAGCCAAGCUGCUUUCUGAGCUGAACCGAGCGUAGGGAGGCAUUCUGGUUUGAAAGCCGUGAUGUUGCGAUCAGGUGUGCCUCUAUUCAAGUUGGAUGUUGGAUGGCAGUUCAGGUCUUUGGUGCUGAGCGCUUCGCAGUUUCAGCACAUUCUGAAUGAUGCCGGGCGGACCAGUGAGGUCUUUAUGCGUCAUUCGGGGCAUGCAUUGUCCUUGUUGUCCGGGACGCGUCGUGGGAUGAUCCUGCAAGACUUUUGCCGAAAGGAGCUGGCACGGCUACAUCCACACAGCAAAAUCGAGGAGCCUCUCCGAAGCACUUGUUGCAACGGGGCUCGAAGGUCCGCUUCACAGGCGGAGUAUGACUUUGGUAUGGAUGCCCGCAAGGUGAAAUGCAGAAGUGCACAGAUGUCAUGGAACAGGGCUAUGAUGCGUUGGCGCGUUCUUUUUCCCAAAGUCAAGCUGCCGCGGUCAGGUUUUUGGGAUGAGGCUGCAUUUGAUGAUUUGUAUCUCACAAUCUUCAGCCCAAAUAGUUUGCACAUUAUCAAGCAUGACCUUCAGACCGGAGUCUCCACAGUUGGCAAGCAAACAGAAAGCCAUGGUCAUCAGAUUUCCGUUCAAGGCACGCGGGGGCAAGAAUGUUGGCAAACGGCGCGGCAUCACAUCCUGAACAGGUUCCUGACAAAAGGCUGCGAACUCGUGUCUUCGGUGGAUUUGUCAGCAGUUGAAGUCAGCAACUGGCUGACACAGCAAAUCGAAGGACUGAGAGCACCACAGGACCUCGCAUACCAGGGGGUGCCAUUGAACUAUAUGGCGCCACAGCUACGCGGCUUGCGGAUUCAAGCGGCGGCAUUUGAAGUGGAUCAAAUUCUACAUCCCAAUUGUUCAUUUUCACGCUCUUGUUCGGAUAUAGACUGGUUUCGUGGAGCGGUGAGAGUGGAAUUGAAGAGCGGCCAAAUGUGCUACAACAAAGUGCAAAGGCGUUGGCGAUGUUCUUUCCAGAACAUCAAGUGUGAAUGCCAAGCUGCUCGUGAUCACGACCUGUUUGAUGAGCUGUGGCUUGCCAUCUACAGUCCACUCGGCAUUCACAAUUUGAAGCAUCCUGGUGGUCAAGUCCGUUUCAGCAUGACAGGUUUGAAUCAGCAGGUUUUUGGGCAACAGAUAAACGUCUAUUCCAGCCGCAAUGUGCUUGACGUCAGGGAGGCCCUUGACGAAAUGCUCCAGAAGAUGGAGGCAUGGGGCUGUCAACCUCUUGCAACUAUUCUUUGGUGAUUUCAUGGCUCUGCAACUCUG